AUGGCCAGCGAAAUGAUGGCAUGUAUGCAUGUCUCAGGAUAUGGAGACCAGGUGGAGCAGCUGCUGACGGCGUCGCAGGAACCGAAGCCGCAGGUCACCAAGAGGGGCCAGCUCUUGGUCCGUGUCCGGGCCGUGGCCCUGGCGCCGGGGGACGUGCGGGUGAUGAGUGGAAAGACCAGCCUGGUGCAAGGGCCACCAAGCUUCCCGUAUGUGCCAGGAGGCGAUCUAUCUGGAGUUGUUUGCGCGGUGCAUGAGAGUGAGAAGAAGUUCAAGGUGGGAGACGAAGUGGUUUGCAUGUUCGACACCGUCGGGCCUCGUGGUGCGCUGGCGGAAUACAAGCUGGUCCAAGCAACACAUGCGGCGCUCAAGCCCUCCUCGAUCUCCUUCGAGGAUGCCAGUGCCCUGCCCUCCAGCGCUUUGUCGGCGAUGCUCCUUUGUGAGAAGUACUUGCGCCCCAAUGACCGGGUGCUCGUGCUGAACGGCAGCGGUGGUGUCGGCGUUCACUUGCUGCAGAUGCUCAAACCCAAAGCCUCCUUCGUGGCGGCGACCUCGACGCAGCGUGAACUGGUUGAAGCCCAGGGUGCUGAUCAAGUGGUGGACUAUCGUUCUCAGAACUGGUGGGAGGUGCCGGAAUUCCUGGCCACACCCUUUGAUCUCGUGAUCGAUUUAUGGGGCACUCGACCUGCCUGGGACCAUGCGGUGGCCUCCCCAGCAGUGAAGGCUGGACGCGAAGGUGGCAGAUAUGUGACGAUGGUGGGAGAUACGCCUUACAUGGUCCGACUCCAUGGCCUUCGGUUGGGUUGGGUCGACUCCUAG